CGGGGUACCACUCGAUUGCCACAAUUUGGUAAAGAGGAUCUUAGAGCCGCGUGACAUUUCGCACUUAGCGCCAAUACAAUAUGGCAAAUUGAACGAGUCCGUGGCCAUUUCCAAAUUCGAAGUGCUCACCAAUCUCAAAGUGCAAAGCAGCGGCCUCUUUGUAGAUUCAGAGCACGGGUUCUUAGGGGCAUCCCCGGAUGGUAUUAUUAAUAAAAACGAAAUCGUGGAGGUUAACUGUUUGCAUAGCGUGGCGCAAAUGGGAAUGAAUUUAGACACGGCCAUCGGCGAAAAUAAAGUAGAUUGUUUGAGAAGAGUUGAUGGGCGAAUAACAAUUAACACAAAUCACCACUAUUUCUACCAAAUUCAGGGACAAUUGGCUAUAUCUGGAGCUAAAAUUUGUCAUUUCGUCGUCUACACAGGAGACAAUAAUGAUCUGUUUCACGAACAGGUAGAUUUUGACGAAAGACUUUGGACAGAAAGAAUGCUUCCAAAAUUGAUAGAGUUCUAUCUGAAAUGCUUGGCUCCAAACAUUGUUGAAAAACGAGCAGGUAAAGGCCUGUUAUACCGUGAUUUGCGGGGACGACCGGAACCUACACGACCAAAUAAAAAGGAAGAAGCGACGACUAGUGGAUCGAGAAAACGGAAAAGGUCUUCAAAUAACGAAUUGGAUCCGUAACGGCACCAGGCAUGCGGCGAAGAAAUUUAUGAACAUCGUCGAAGCCCCAAUUUUGAAAGGGAAGAUUUUUAACGGUUACAAUUUUCAGUGCAUCUUGCAUUUGCAAAGUCGAUAAUUAAAUCGCUAAGCGCAGCCGUUGCAGUUUAGGGGAUCAAUCUGGAAAAUCCAUGUUUUCCACAUGGUCCACUGUAUGUGGCCUGUUCCCGUCUCGGAAAACCUUCAACAGUAUUUAUUUACGCACCAGAAAUCAAAAGAAAUAAUAUUGCGUAUCAAAAAGCAUUUCACUAUGCUUUUGAAAUAAUUUUUUCUUAUUAUUAUUGAAGUAUUGCAGUUCAAAUUUAAUAUUCAUAGCUAAAAACAGGAGACAACGUCUGCCGGGCCAACUAAAAUACGCUGUUUGUCACUCAUCGCCGUCAGUACCUUACAAUUUUCAAAAAAAUCUGUUUGAAUGUGUGUCCGCCUGUCUGUCGCAACUUUAUUCGAAUUUUUUUGUUUUGACUUGAAUAGCAUUAUUAUUUAUGAAUCGAGGGAGGAGUACCGAAUUUCAAGAAUUUUUAUUUUAGACAGACGUGAAGUUGGUCAAAAAGCGAUCAUUUGAUCCAAAAACCUUUUUGGUAUUUUCGAAUUUUGAUUUCAGAUUCGGAUACAACAUCCGAAAGAUGUAUAAAAAUGUCUGAAUUACUAAUAUCGUAUCGCUCGAAGUCGCAACCAAUUAGAAAAGACAUUGAUAUUUUUUGACCUUUACCUCCAUUCUUUCAUCAAAUUACAUGUUACUUACUUUUAUCGCUAAAAGGUUUAAAUUAUUAUAAACCAUCAGUAGGUACCUACCUAAGUGGAUGUUGCUAGAAACUUGAGACAUUUAAAACGUCAACAAUGAUAAAAGCGGAAUGUACUUUUAUUUGUUUAAUCUUUUCAUACAAUAGUAUGCAC